CAAAACGGAAACCAGUCGAGUGUUCGAGACUGAAAUGUGUGGUUCGUAGCUACACUUCCUUUGUUUUGUACAGAAUAUGGCUGCCAUAUUUAGUUUAGAUGUCUGUUUUCAAAAGUGCUAUCAAUUUUGUGGUAAAAAUAGGCUAAUUCUAUAGUUGUUUUUACGAAAUUGGUUUGAGAUAGGUUGUGCAAAGUGUGAGAACUGAUUGGAACAUUAUCAUCUUAAAUGCCCUUUCGGUUUUCGCUUAAAAUGCUAGUGUUUACAUCGGUUUGUAUAAAGUUUGAGAUUAAACUUAUUUUAAGUUAAUGGCUUAAUUCAUGCAAGGCGGGAUGGCUUACAAGCCCCAAAAACAAUAUCAACAGACAGAUAUUACCAUUGAUCUGGAGUCCCCAUCAGAAGAAAAGGGCGGUGGUGGGCCACCCUCAAACAAUUCAAAUAAUAUAACAGCGAAUCAUGUUUGUUCGGGACCUGCCAACGACAUGAGUGUUUGCGUGGAAACUAGUACUACUGCGCUUAUCCAGCCAGUGGUAUCGCCCCUGUCUACUAGUUGUAACAUUUCUGAAGUAGUGGUAUCUGCAUCCACCGUCCAGAAUUCUAGCACAAUUGGUGUGUGUGUUGAUAAUAACAGCACCAACGAAUUGAAGCCAGAUCAGCUGGUUGGUAAAAAUAUAGCGAAACUGGUAGUCACUACUCAGCAACAUGGAGCUCCAAAUAGUAACCAGGUGUUGCAAAAAGUUGUUAGCAGUCCAUUAAUUACUGUUCUUAAUUCAACUGGACCUCUAACAGUAGUUAAAAGUUUGUGUGUUACCUCUGUGGUAUCUAGUACUCCUCAGUACACACUAGUAAACACUACAGCUCCUUUAAAUGUCACAAACACGCUAGGAAAGCCUCCAACUAUAACUGUAUUGAACUGCGGCUCUUUAGCAAGUCCUGUCACCGUUGUAAAGGCCAUAAGCACUCAGCAAGCCUUGCCCGAAAAACCACAAUUGGAGAUCAGCCCUGUGCCGAACGCUAUUCCUAUUGUAUCUUCAACUGUAAUUGAGAACAGAGGACAUAAUGUAUUUGUUAAAAACACAUGUCCAGAUUCCACUGUUCCAGACAGCUCUUCUCAAAGCCACAAGUUUUUGACAGCUCCAAAUUUUACUUCAGGAAACAUACUUAGCAAUAUUCCGACGGUUGCUAAGUCAGCGCCUGCUAAUGGGCAAAGAAAUAAAAUGAAAAUCUUGGGCAACGUUCAAAUAGCAACAUCAUCACCACAGAAUGUUAUGCUAAAUAAAAAUGCCAAUUUAGCUCAGCCGAAGUAUAAUGUUGCAGCAAGACAGAAGUUUGUUUCUGUAAAUAGUGGUCCAAUCAAGUACAUUCAGAAAUCAUCUAACAAUGUAUUAACUCCAAUUAUAAAUCCGACGUUAAAAUCUCCAACAGAAAAGUCAGGAAAGCUGUGUCAUCCGCUGUCAGCCCCUAUGCACAAGGGACCUGUAAAGAGUUUACCGCCGAACAUAUAUUUGCCAAAACCUCCACAAGGUAUAAAAACUUUACCUCCACAACUUAAAAAUAUUCCUGGGCACAUUCAACGAACUGGAUCUGGAUUGAGAACCAUUCCACCACAAAGGCCACAAAAAUUACCAACAAAACCAAAUUAUAUCGGCAAGCAUGCUGUUCAAGCCCAGAAGGCGAAGCAGCAAAUUCAUCCCAAAUUGAGGACCUCUUCUACCUACAAUAAUACGCAGACUCCGAUGACUGAAAAACAACUCACGUUCAAUCAAGUUUUAACUGCUCAGAUAAUUGAAACUCUUAGCAAACCGAGUACUCCUCCUCCGAGUAAUCGAUAUGAAAUAUUACCUGCUAGGUAUGACAACGCGUUUAAUUGUCCUGACAAACAAAUGCAGGCUACAAUAAACAUUGAUUCUACCAAAAAAAGUGGCUUGGAUACAUUGUCGUUAAUAUGCCACGCUGUUAUGCUCGAUCACAACUACAAUGCUACUUUACCACCAGAUUCGCCACCAAGACCUGCUCCAACCGUAAUCGCCCAAGCUCAAGUUAACGGUAUUCCUUCCCCGAGCAUGUACUCCGGCGUUCCGAGUAAAAGACGCAUUGUCACUUCCCCAAAUGCAUUACCAGUUCCUAGCCAGUUGAGCGUUUCUUUAUCUACUAGCAACAACAGUUCCGCACUUCUAACUGCUCACGUGCCUAGGGACGACGACGCCGCUUCUGAUGUAUCGGAUAAUUCAGAUAGGAAACAUGAUACAGAAGGCGAAGAAACUGAUACUGCUCCAGAAGUAGAAGAUGUGAGAAAUGAAGAUCAUUAUGGCGAUUAUGUGACUAGAUGUAUAUGUGGCUUUCUUCACGAUGAUGGUUACAUGGUAGAAUGCGAUAAAUGCAAAGUGUGGCAACAUGUCCAAUGUGUUCUUAAAAAUCGACAAAUUCCUGACGAAUAUCUGUGUGAACUGUGCGAUCCAUCUAAGCCAGUGGACCGGCAAAAAGCCCGCAUGAUUCAACAGCAGUGGAUUCGCGAGAGGCAGUUGAUGGAACCAAAAUUACGGAAGGAAGCCAAACUGAAAGAAACCUUGAGAAAUAAGGAACAUAUGAGCGAUUCAGAUUCUUCAGAUGGAGAACAGGCGGUUCGUAGUAACAUGGCGCCCAAAAAUAGAGCGUUAUCAGCAUUGGGACGGAGGAAGUUGGAGAGUUUGAAAAUUAAUAAAAAAGAUGGAAAGGAACCGCUUCAGAGGCGUCAGAAAAGAAAGGAAAAGAAAAUUAUCAAGAGGAAAGUCAAGCAGCCGAUUAAACAGCCGGCGCAACAGUCGCAUAGUGACGAUGAGAACCAGGACACCGGGUCAAGCCAAAUGCCUCAAUUGCGGUUGUGGAUCGAAAACUAUGAAGAGGCUGUUACCAAUCAUUACUCACCCGAAUUGAGAGCUCGCAUAUCAAGUAUAAGAGUGAAUGGCUCACAUCUGGAUUCGAGAGUCACCUAUGAUUCGACAGUGUGUAAAUGCCGCAUCCACACUCAACCACUUACUGAAAUUAAAUACUUGGUGAGUACUGCUCAGCUAUCUCCAAAUACACCGGUCAUAGAGCUACGUGGCAAAUACAUGCUGUCGACUCAACAUCGCAAUUCUGGUGGAUCGUUAACCACGCGACAGCAUACGCAGAAACCUGGGCCUUUUCUCUUCUUCUAUCGGCUACACAAAGAUAACACAGAGGUUUGCGUGGAUACAAGGACGUAUGGGAACAGUGCCAGGUUUAUUAGACGAUCAUGCAGGCCCAAUGCAGAGUUGCGGCAUUGCAUCGAAAAAGGCGUGCUACAUUUGUACAUAGUAUGCAUAGCGUCAGUGGAGAAAAACUGCGAGUUAACUAUCAAACAUGAAUCUCAUGACCUUGCUUCGGUUGGCACCACUCACAUCGCUUGUGCUUGUGGUCGACCGGAUGAGUGCGCAGUAAAUAAAACCACAAUUAAAAAGAAUGGAGACGCUUCUGAGGCUAGAAAGCGAAGAGGGAGACGUACGAUGUCCUCCAGUGGACCAGCGUUUAGUUUAAAAUCGCCCUUGAAGGAACAACCACCAUCACCUGCAGAGGAACCUCCAAUUCCCCCGCAACAACCGGUUCUAGAAGAAGAAGAAAAACAAAAAAAAGAGGAUAUUGACGAGCUGCCAGAACCUGCAGUGGAGGAGUCAAAAGAGUCAAUCAACAAUUGUGAAGAAAAAUGUCAAGUUGCUGAGCAGGUGGAAAUUAAAGUAGAAAUGAAAGAAGAACCACUUUUGCCGGUUUCUGUAGAUCAGAUAACCAGUGAAACAAUUGAAAUUAAAAAUGAAGAGCCAGAAUGUGAGGAGAAAUGUCGGUCUCCAUCUCCUCAGCCGACAAAAGUGGUUGAAAUAGACAAUGAAAAACCCAUCAAAGAAGAAAAAAUUAAAAGUCCCCCCACUACGCCUAUUUCAACGAGGAGAUCAUCUCACCAAAAGAGUGAUAAAGAGGAGAAAGACGCCGGUAAGGAAGUCGAGAUCAAAGAGAAACCUUCAAAAUCAUCGUCGAAAAAAUUGAGCCGCGAGGAACGGAAACUUGAAGCCAUUUUGCGCGCUAUAGAACAGAUGGAAAAAGCCGACCAGAAGAAGCAGGAACAUCAAGCCAAACAGGCUAACAGACGAGAAUCUGAACCAGGCCCCACACCAAAAGAAGAAGAAAAAACGGAGCCCAAAAUGAAGAGGAGACGACGUAGAGGUAGAGCUCGAACUACGAGUACGAAUGCACAGUCCAGACGAAGUCGAUUAAAUUCCACCGAUUCGUACAUGACAUCAGGAGAUGAAAAUCUUCUCUCCCCAACUGACAGCUUACAUUCGAACAGACAAUCUGAGAAAGAGGAAAAUAGCAAAACCAAAGCAGCCGGAGUACUCUUGUCGUUGUCUAACGGGGAAUCCGGCAAUAAAAAGUUUUCCACCGCAGAUCACGACUCGAACUCGAACUCGGCUCAUUCGUCUCCUGAAACACCGCAUCUAUCAUCCGCCUGUUUACUGGUUCAAGCUGCUGUCGAACCGCUAGAAUCAGGAUUUAAAUUUCCCAAAACUAAGAAAGGAUUAAUGAACGAGUGGCUGAAUAAAACACCCGACACUAUUCAAGCUGCUAGUUCGAUAUCUCCUGCCUCUUUGUUUCCGCAAUUGAAUCAGAUGGUUGAUGAGUCGACGAAUUCAAACAAACACUUGUCUGCAUUUGGUGACUCUCCUUCCCAGCGCGGUGGAAACGCAAAAAAACGUUGGUUGCGACAGGCUAUCAGUGAGGAUCAUUCUUCUGACGGUCCAAUAGGACGACCAGAUUCACCAACAAUAAGCGAGGCAGUGGCCCCACCAAAAAAGCGAAAGUUACCCAGAGAAUCACUGUCGAAUGAUAAUUCACCCCCAACUACCCCAACCAGCACAGGUCCACCCAAAAGCAUAGAUACGCCAAGGAGUAGUCAGGAAGGAUCUGUGGAAAUAGCAUACAGUGGUGCUGAGGGCGAUAGUCCGUCGUACGCGAUGGAAUCAGAUGCAGAAUUGAAGGAAAGAGCUUCGCAGAUGAAACAGGAGUUUGGCAAAUCAGUGAUCCUCUCAUCUGUAGAGCCGAUCUCGAACAACGUAGUGUCAUUUUUGGAUCCAAGGCUAACCAGGGAACAUUCGAUGUUCUGCAAUAGCGACCAUCUUGUUGGAACCGUAGAGAAAACAUUGAGUAUCUUUGGAUUUCAGAGUACGAGAACCGAAAUGAGCAAUCCAGCUAAACGAAAGUUGUCAAUAACCGAAUAUCGACAACGCAAGAAGCUCAACACCGACAGGUCGGACGAGCAAGAUAUGGAAAACGAUUUUCAAGGGAACGACGACAACAAUUCAUCCGAAUCAUUUAAAAACGAACUGUCGUCGAAGCCUAGAUCAAGAAGUUCUAGUAGUAGUUCUUUUUCUAGUUUAGAAGAUAUGCCGGCGUCAGAUAUUGUCAUGAAAUCUUCUGCUUUCAACAGUGAACCCACCGAACUUGAGCGGCAAAGAGAAUUGUCGAAUUUACGAUUGAAGAAAGCAUUUGGCUUGGCGCUAGAUGAUGAACCUCGUAAACCUGUUAUAGAUAUGACUGCGAUUCUCAACUGUGAGAUUGAAUCGACAAUUAUUCCUCAAACGCCGUUACCAACUAAUGUCAUAGCAUUAGCGUCGCUUAGCGAAUUAUCAAUGUCACCCACAUUACGGGCAACCAUAACUCCAGACCGAGCUUAUACGCCAGUAUUGCCUCCUAUGAGGGAACCAGUAAAAAGUCCUUCGCCCGUAAAAGAAAUAGAAACUGGCCAAGAACCGGAAGUUUAUGUCCAGAGGGAAGAAAAUGUGGAAACAGUUCAGGAGGACCAGCCAAACGUUGUUAUGCAAGAAGAGAGCGAGGAUAAGACCGUCGAAACGAAAGACAGUAAAGAAGGGGAGGAGAAGACUAAUUUGUUUUAUGAUCCAGACGAUGAUGAGCGGCCUGCUGUCGUGCUGGAAGAGCCUGUUGAUGCGAAGUAUGUGCCACCAUUCAAUAACCCAGUGUAUCCAAACAGUAAUUUUAAUUUUGCUUCGACUAUAGAUGACGAUUCACGUUAUAGAAGUCGAAAUCCAUCUCCUCCUCCCAACUUAGGAGCCGAACCGUUCAGCUCCUCUUAGUACAUUUGAAUUUCUUCAUAAGAGUGCAAUCAUCAAUAUAUUAGUAUAAAAUAUUGAUUAACAGUGUAUUAGUUAGGUGGUGUACAUAAUUGUUUUUAUUUUUGGAGAUUUAUAUUGGUAAAAGUAAGUAUGGAUUGAGGAUCAGAAUUUGCCCGGUGAAUUAAUUUAUUAUUUUUGUUCUUGAAAUUAUUUAUGAUUUAGAUUCUUCAGAAUAUGUGGGAUCAAUUGGUUUUGAAAUUUUUUCACUAAUUUGUAAGACGUAUAGAUAUGUACAGUCAUUGUAGAUAUAUAUAUAUUUUUAUUUGUAAGAAUGAUAAAUACGUUUUUUGUUAAGUAUUUUCGUGCAACUCAUGUCCUGGCUAUCAAAAAGAAAUCUCAUCCAAACUGUACAUAGAAAUGUGUAUCUGAAGAUACAAGCAGCUGCACGACAAUGGAAAAGUACAAAAUUAAAUUAUUUAAGGGGUGAUCUCGCAUUUUAUCAGUUAGUUUUUUUAUAUAUAAUUGUCAUAUUAUAAUAACUUAGAUCAGAGUUUUGUUUUCUAAACAGUAAAUUGGAGUUAUUAAAAGCCAUGCCAAAUUUUCGAAUGCCCUUAUCAGCUUUAAGACACAUUUUACAGUUUAUCUGUCUAGUCAAUCGUGGGGAAAAUAUUGAAAAAAUCACUAUAUUUGUUUGUUGUUCAUUUCGAGCAAAAUAGGUACUAUUAAUAUUGAUCUAAGAUUAUUAAUUUGCUUUGUGCAUUUUUUGAUUUCAUUGUAAAAGGACUCGAGGAAAACAUUUAAAUAAAUGGAUGUUUUAUUUCGAUUUUUAAUAAUAAAUGUUUAUUCUAAGCUCAGAUUUUUUCCCUAUGUAGAACGUUUAUUACAUUUUAAAAAUGAAAUAAAACAUUCAGAGCGGGCAAGGUUUCUCAAAAAACCUUUACUUCUUGCAAAAACCUUUUGACUACUUCUUAGUUCUUAGUAAAAAAUAUUGUUUUAUAGCUUGUAUAUUUGUUUUAGAUUUUGCGGCUAAUCUGUAGAAAUAUUGACGUAACAAACAUCACAAACGUUUUGUGAACGUUUUUGUAUAUAUUCUGCUAUUAUGUACAUAAUACUAUAUUUAUGACAUUUUUUUGUAAUAUUACGUACUACAUUCAGUGUUUUGUUACUUUUUCCAUUAAUUUAUUUGAAAAAUUUAAAAUUGUUAUUGCAAUCUUGCGUAUCAGAUUGCAGUAAGGAUUGUUGUUGUUUUCUAAAAUAAACGUUCGGAUGGAUCUAUUUUAUUAUGCCAUUUGUACAAAAUUUCUUUAAAAAAAUUAGAAAAUCGCAAAAAAAUUGCAUACCGUCAGUAUUAAUUAAUUUAUAUUAAAUUUGGCGGUAAUAAAAUGUUUCAUCCUUGUAAUAGAUAAAAUUGUCAAUGGAAAUUUCAACGACAUAAAAUAACUAUUUUAAUAUGUAACAAGGCUGUACAUAAAACAUUAAUAUUGAUGUUGGUACGAAUUCCGUACAAUUAUUAAAGUCUUUGAAAACUA